UCAUUCCUGAUUAUAUGGAAUUCGGAAUACAGUACACCGCAGAGGAAGCUUCGAAUUGAGCUAGUACGGUAGAGAUGAUCUUGCCUGGAAAAUCAUCGCGACGACUCGGAGCUGUUUCCGUCGGCAGCCUCGACCGUGGCACCAUGUUUCACAAUCUGAACGUUGACUCGGGAACGCUGAGACAUCAGUACUAAGCAUGAUAGUACCCUCAGAUUCGUUCCUUGAGUUGAACGCAUCGCGUCGCGUCGCAGUCUCCUAGUGAUCGACGAUCAUCAGAUACCGAUGGCGAACGAGGCUACUUCUGUGGCGAGUGUUGGGCAGUUGUGUUGAAUGCAUGUUUAAACAUUUGCGGACUCGGACUCGGAGGCUCGGAGCGCUCGCACCGGUUAUCAAUCAUCUUCCGACUCUUCAGUUGGUAACACCACGCUACCUCGACGUCAAACAACAAGUACUGCUAGCAGCUACAAAGCAGCCAAGGAGGGAACUUACUAGCUGCCAUCAUCAUCAUGACCGAUACUCCAUGGCAUACGGUGUAAGCCUGAGCAUUACCAUAAGAGUCCCCUUUGCAAACCCAAAACAUGCAACGAUAGCAAUGCAAGUGAUUGACGUGGAUCCAGAGCUUCAGAGAGAAGCCGUCAAACGCACUUUGACGGUGGACGGCAAUGAUCUCGUCGCGUCAUUCGCGACUUCAACUGUUCGACUGGCGAGGCUGACGACAAAUGGCUUUCUGGAGAACGUAGAUCUGGUAGCCCGCACUAUUGGCGAGUUUGGAGAGAACUCGGAACGAAAACAAGGGAUUUCUAAGUGAUGAGUCAUGUGGACAACAAUGGUUUGUAGGGAAGACAUAGCUCCCUUCGACAGCCUUCAUGGUACAGAAAGAGUUCACCAAUCGCCGAACUGCGAUCGUCUACUUUACACGUAAUUUUUUUGGCUUCUUAUACGUCAUCCGCGUUACCCUCAGCUUCCUUUGCCUUCUUCUUACUCUUUCUGCU